GCUAUUGUUUGGAAUAUUAAAACUUCAUUGUCAAGGAAUUCCCAUGACAUCUUGGGACACGUUGGAUAAUGAUUGGCCUAAAAAUGCGUCAAUACAAACAUUUGAAGACAAUUCGAAAAAUAGCUCCAGGAAUCAACAAAAAACUUUUACACCUAAAAUUAAUUCAGACUUUAAAGCUUCGCGUAUAUAUGAAUCUUUUACGAUAACAGCAGAUAAUAACAGACAUCGAUUUCGUUCAAAAAGAUUUGAUGACUUUACGUCAGCCUCAUCAACACCAGAAGUAUCACCUUUUACACCUAAUUUAUAUAAUAUUACUAAUGAUCCCACCAUUAUGCGUAAACGUACAGCAUCGGCUGAUAUGUUGAGUCGUAAUAUAUCGAUUAUAUUGGAAAAUCUUUUAAAAAGUUAUGAACAAUCACAGUUACCAACACAUGGUCAAGGUAUUCCCACUGUAGUUCGCACCAAUAUUUUAAUUCGUAGCAUGGGUCCAGUUUCAGAACUUGAUAUGGACUAUUCCAUGGAUUGUUAUUUUCGUCAGUAUUGGAGAGACAAACGUUUAAGUUUUCAAGGCCCCAUAAAGAGUUUGUCAUUGAGUAUAAAAAUGUUGGUCAAUGUACAGCAACUUGUUGUUACUUGUACUCAUCUUGGUAUGAUUCUAUAA